UUAAUAGUUGUUUCACGCGAUAACAAGCAUGGAUAAUUUGAUGGAUUUUAUAAUAGCAAUGAGUUAUAUAAUAGGACAUGAGAUUUAUCUCUUCGGAGGUACUUUUAUGGGACAACAGUUCGUAAACCAUGCUGACGAGUUAUUUAACGCCAUAUACAUGUCGCUAUGGUAUAAAACACCUGUGUCGGUGCAGAAAUUCUUCUUAUUUAUAAUGCAAAUCUCUUCAAAAAGUAUUUUGGCGAAUGUUGCCGGUCUACGCGUUAUAGUAAUGGAGACCUUUACCUCGAUCAUGAACACGGGAAUAUCCUUUAUGAUGGUAAUGUACUCUCUACAAUAGUUUCAUAAACUAAUGCAGAAAGCAUAACUGCUUGUAGUAACAUACAUAUGUAGAAA